AUUUAAAUUGGUUCAAUCUUGAAUCUGUACAACUGCAAUAUCAUUACUCAUGAUAUCUUUAUUUUGGUAAAGUAUUGAGAAAGUGAUUACACCAUACGGCAAUAUGGUAAACCAAAGACGGGUCAACUCCUUACUUUUGCCCACUUCUAAUUGACAACCUCCGCCAAUAGCACCACCGACGACGAGGACAGCAAAAAUGUCGAAACAGGAUUUACGACACUCCUCCGUACCCUACUCCCGUCUCUCUCCAAACCCUAACCAUCAAAACGUCGUCGUUUUACCCGUCUAUUACCCCCACCAUAACGAUAACUACCGUUGCCUCCGCCACUGCCUCGCCUUCACCUCCGUCAUCCUCCUCCUCUCUGCAGCCCUAUUCUUGCUUUACCCUUCCGAUCCAACUCUCGAACUCGCCCGACUCCAACUCAACCACGUAGGAGUUAACACGUCGCCCAAACUCACACUCGACCUCUCAUUUUCUUUGACCAUCAGGGUCCGUAACAGGGACUUUUUUUCUUUGGACUAUGAUAAGCUUGUCGUUUCGGUUGGGUAUAGAGGGAGGGAACUGGGACUGGUGAGUUCGGAAGGUGGGCGCGUCCGAGCCAGAGGGAGCUCGUACGUGAACGCCACACUCGAUUUGGACGGGUUUGAGGUUGUUCAUGAUGUAAUUUAUUUACUUUCGGAUUGGGCUAAAGGGGUUAUUCCCUUUGAUACUAAUACUAAGGUUGAUGGAGAUCUUGGUCUUUUUCUCUUCAAAAUUCCCCUCAAGGCAAAAGUGUCAUGUGAGGUGUACAUGGAUAGAAAUAACCAGUCAAUUGUUCGUCAAGACUGCUAUGCUGAGUAAUGUUGUGGACAGUGCUCCAAUAGAUGUACUAGAAGUGGGAAACAGAUUCGGAUUCUGCUGUGAUUUGGUUUCUCUUUGAUGAUACUGUACAUGUAAUGUAAAUGAACAUAGUUUAGUUCAGGCCCCAAAGUACACUUAUGUGCAUUCCACUAGUAAGUACAUAUAACUAGCAGUUGUAAAAGCAUGAUUGGAUGAAAUGGUAUAUUUAGCUAAGUUUUCUGCAGCUUACCUUAUAAUUAUAUAAAUAUUGAGAUGCAAUUGAAUUUAGAA